AUGGACGGGUGGCCCGGCGUGGUGUCGGCGACCGUGGCGGGGAAGGGACACGUGUUCAACCCGGCGCCUAGCCCAGCAUGUCACUCGGGUUGGGGUCUUGAGCAAGGCCCCGCCCUCUCGGUCGAAAGGCCCAAAGAGUGCAAUCUCGCCUCGAUCGAGAGCGAAAAUGGAAGACCAUCAACACGUCCUCAAGAGCCGACGCAGCCUUACAACAUUGGGAAGACGAACGCGGCUCGAAGUGCCGGUAUGGCGAAUCCUCAAUCUACCAGCUUUACAAUACUCAGCGGGAGCGAAUCUUCCAAGUCCUCGGAAAGAUAUCUGAACGCGAGUCCAGAGGGUGAUCCGCCGACCACUCCGGACCCAGUCGACCCGGGCUUGCGCGACGCACAACCCGCAGCCGGCUCCCAUCCUCGCGCCAGACGUCGACAGAUCAGACGGCAUAUCAGCGACACCAGCGCAUUCGAAUCCUUCCUGGAAAAACGCGCCGGCGGCGAGAAGCACGAGUCCAAGAAUCUUUUGAAGACGUUCAUCACCGGCAUCCAGCCGGAUAGUUCUUCGUCGGCUGCUCCCGCCGUGUCCGCUCCGUCUGCCAAGGUCGUCACCCCCGUCCCAAAGCAAACCACGACUCCUCAAUAA